AAACAUUUUUUCUUUCUCGAGGCCCCCCGUCAAAGGGAAUUUCCGUGAACGAAAAAUUCAAUUAAAUCGAACUUAGAUCUGCAUCAUACUUAUCGAGCGCAUAAAUAAAUCUUGUUUCAAAUCUAAGAGACCCCAUAAAAUCCGUAUCAUUGCGCGAGACCCGUCAAUUCGCUGAUAUUUGAAAACGACGUUCAACGUCGAAAGUUUGACAAUCAAUUGUCAAAUCAGAAAAAAAUGUUCAAUUUGUGAACGUGAAUAUUUUUGGCGAACGUACCGCUGUUUUUACAUUUUAAAUUUUUGUAUAAAUUGUAGCGCAACGGUUGACCAUUGACUCGCCCGAGGUAUUGCGCGUUCGAAUUAUUUGUUUUUAGCUGCCCCGACUGAACUCUCGAAACAGUGGGAGAACAAGUUCGCAGAAGAAAGUUCGAAAGAAAGGCUUGAACGGGAAAAACUCGAGGACAUGGCGAACAUGGCAGUGUCUCGCAUAAAGCGGGAGUUCAAGGAGGUUAUCAAAAGUGAAGAGAUUGUACAGUGCUCGAUCAAAAUAGAAUUAGUGAACGACAGCUGGACAGAAUUGCGUGGAGAAAUCGCUGGGCCACCGGACACACCAUACGAAGGCGGAAAAUUCUUAUUAGAGAUUAAAGUGCCAGAAACUUAUCCGUUCAAUCCACCCAAGGUACGAUUUAUCACGAAAAUCUGGCACCCAAAUAUAUCAUCUGUAACUGGAGCAAUUUGUCUCGACAUAUUAAAAGAUAAUUGGGCUGCAGCUAUGACAUUAAGAACAGUGCUAUUAUCUCUGCAAGCGUUAUUGGCCGCUGCUGAGCCAGAUGAUCCACAGGAUGCAGUCGUAGCUUCACAGUACAAGCACAAUUACUCCCUAUUUUUAAUGACUGCCAGACACUGGACGAACGCAUAUGCAGGAGGACCCAGCAGAUUUGCAGACUGUGAUCAAAAAAUACAGCGCCUAAAAGACAUGGGAAUAGACGAACAUAAGGCAAGGGCGGUGCUUUCAAUGGAAAAUUGGGAUCUAGAAAAAGCAACGGAAAGUUUAUUUAGUUAGCUUUAUUCAUCGACUUUUUUAUUACGGAAAACAAGCAAGGGAAAGAAAUGAAUGUAAAAACCAACAGCGUACACUUUCUUAGCUCACCUUUACCUCCCCUUAUUUUCUUAACUAAUCCACUACUUACUACCGUGAAGUAUGUAAAAAUUUAAUAAGGAUAUAGUUUGUUUAAAGAAUUAUUUUUUUGCAUACAACUUCACACUUUGAUAGAUUUGCAACAAGACGUUAUACAAUUUCCAGAUUACUCUCUACUGACUGUAAGGGAUCCAUUCUAAAUUUUGCAUUUUCUUCUUGAUUAAAUCUUGCAUUCCUGUUUCAGGUGUUUUUGUAUUGGAUGCUCUUUGAAAAUGAAAAUGUAAAGAUUUAAAGAGUCACAGACGUAGCAAAAAAUGCAAAUAUUAUUUAUUGUAAAGAAAAGACUAAGUGAAAAGAAUUUAGUUGAAGCAAACUUUUUACCGAGAAAAGGGGAACACAAUUUGAAAUGUUUGAAGGGAGACAAAAUAUUGAUCUUUAUCUUCUAAUUGGUUCGUUCUUUUAUUCGACUUAAUAUUCUAUAUAUGUUAUCAACUGUAUUUCUUGUGGUAUUUUUAUAAAAUUAAAAUAUAUUUGUGAACAAAAUCAUUAGACUACGAGUUUUUCGCAUUUACUAGGCGAGAUGAGGGUUACAAGAAGAUGAAUAUUUUUUUGGGAGGAGAUGAUGAAAUUCUAUAACAUCUUUCGCGGAUUAAAGAGAAUGAAUUGGAGGUUUGUUUCUGAAUUUGGAGAUUUUAAUGUAUAUUAUGAUUAUUAUUCAAUUUUAUAUUGCUGGUAAUUUGUAGUUAUCUCUGUAUUCGUAUUUGUUAUACAAUAAAUGAUUAAGAAGUGUAUGGAAUGUCGAA